CUUGUUUGCAAAGUGGGGAAGAAGAAAGACGAGAGAGAGAGAGAGAUUGCGCGUUUUUGUGUUACAAACAGAGCAUCGAUCGGAAACGAACACGGAGAAGACAAUGGCCACACAGACGCAAGAUCCACCUUCAAACCCUAACCCUAAUCCCAAUGCCACGUCGGCAACGCCAUCUUCCUCCUUCUUCUUCCGCGCCGGCGGCGCCAACGGCGCCUCCGUCGCUCCAGUCGCCGGCUCCGGCGAGUCACACUCGCACCACCGUAGAGCGCAGUCGGAGGUCAGUUUCCGGCUGCCGGAAGACAUGAUGGACCUCUCGCCGUCCGAUCCGUUCAACGGCGGAUCCUCUACGGCGAGCUUCGAGGAGAUCGGAUCCGAGGACGACCUGUUCUCCACCUACAUUGACGUCGAAAAGCUCAGCGGCGGCGCCAACGGCGCCGGCCGAGGCGGAAACGGAUCGGAUCAGAGCGGUUACGGAAACGGCGCCGGCACCAGCGGCCACAACGACGGCGAGAAGAGUUCGAGCGCCGCCGCAGCGCGGCCGAGACACCGGCACAGUAGCUCCGUCGACGGUUCCACGUCGACGUGCAUGUUCGGAGAGAUCAUGGAUGCGAAGAAAGCCAUGCCUCCUGAUAAGCUCGCGGAGCUUUGGAACAUUGAUCCAAAGCGUGCCAAAAGAAUACUGGCUAAUCGGCAAUCUGCUGCGCGUUCAAAAGAAAGAAAGGCACGCUAUAUACAAGAACUUGAGCACAAAGUUCAGACCCUUCAGACUGAAGCUACAACACUAUCUGCCCAACUUACAUUGUACCAGAGGGAUACAACUGGUCUGAGUUCUGAAAAUACUGAGCUUAAGCUCCGUCUACAAGCCAUGGAGCAACAAGCACAGCUUCGUGAUGCUCUUAAUGAUGCAUUGAUGAAGGAAGUUGAGAGGCUUAAGAUUGCUACCGGAGAGGCAUUGAACCAAUCUGAGUCUUUUAAUCUGGGAAUGCACCAGAUGCCAUAUGCAGGGUCAAAUUUCUUUUCAAUUCCACCACAUUCAGGUCCUUCUGGGCACCAGAACAUGCAAUUGCCACCAUUUGGUCACUCCCAAUCCACCGUGCCGACUCAUCAGCUGCAACAAACAAAUUCUCACCAAAUGUCAGAUAUAUUGCAAAACGACCAGCUUGGUCGUUUGCAGGGACUCGAUAUUAGUAGCAAAGGAACACCCAUGGUGAAGUCUGAAGGCCCCUCAAUAUCUGCAAAUGAGAGUAGCACCACAUUUUGAAUUUUUUGACCAAAAUUUGCUUGACCUGCUGACUUCUCCGUGGCAUUAUUCCCUUCUCUUCAAAUUGUCUAUAGUGUUGACAUCUAGUUAUCUUAUGAAGGUGCUCUGUUUCAUUAAAUUAUUCCUUUCAGAUUAAGGAUUAAUUAUCAUUAAUUGUUUAUUCUUAGGGAUGCUCCCCAAAAAGGGGAAGCAGCACCCUUGGGGGUUUUGUCGCAAAAGUUCACGCACGCACGCAGUCAUCUUGUAAAGCGUGGCAUUUUGGUGUUUGUGGGUUUUACUUUAGAUCACCAAGAAUGAAAGGUCAUUCUCAUGGUAUCUUUCUAUGUGGGGGAAUCUUCAUCAUUCCCUCUCCAGUCAUUUUAGGCGAUAGCUUGUAAACCGUGAUUUGUUGUUGUGUUCCAUUUCAAGGAUUUGUAAGAUUAUCAAAAACAAGGAAAAGAUGUGUAAGAUGAACGCAGUUCAGUUCCUUCUAUAAAUAAUGUCUUAUUAUUGUAGUUUUA